AACCGGUUCUCAAAAGGUGGUUCUUAGUCAACACUUUGGAAGCGUUCAACUUAUUGUAUAUCGCUUCAUAAGCUACUAUCUUCAUCCAGCUCUGUAUUUCCGAAUUUCCAUAUUUACCUAUAUAUAUCGAUUUUUACAAUUUCGAACAAGAAUGCUUUUGACAUCGUCGCAGGUCUCGGUUAUAAUUUCGUCAGGAAUUGUUGUCUUGUUCACGGCAGCAUUAUUUCUCAGCGGCUAUACAAUCCAGCAGCGAACACUACGCGACCUACGAGCAGCCAUCAAACCCAACCGAAUACCUCGACCGAGUCCCAAAGUCUACUUCCCAGAACACCAUAACUCGCCUGGCCAGCUCGAGGAUACGAUAAACGAAUCGCGACUGCGGCACCGCCGUAAGAAACAUGGCGCAGAGGAGGAAGAUAUUGUCAUUGUGCGGCCUAGUAUACCGGAGGAGGAGCUAGAGAAACCAGAGUGGGAAGAGUCUGCUGCGCCGGAGGAAGACGACGCUGCUGGGGCAUUUGUGGGAACGCCGAACGCUGUGGAGGAACCUACACCCAAGAAGAAGCUGGAGGAGAAGCCAGUCAGCAGAGCUGAGAGGAGGCAGAAGAUCAAAGAGGAGAUACGACGGUUGUCGGAAGGCCAAGAGCGAGUAUAUUAUCAACGACGACUAUGGUAGUUUUACUUUACUAUUCUGCUAUUCUCUAAAAGCUAUUAUCUACUUGGUACUGUUCAUAUAGGCACGCAUUGGGAUUGGUGGAAACGGGGCUUUUAGGGAACCUGGGGGCUGGUUUUCGGAUAAGAUAUGGUGGAUUUCAGGCACGACAUAUAAUGACAAAGGGGCGGUGACGUGGGAUCUGUACGAAUAGUUUAUGGGACAACGGUUAGGGUUAACGGUUACUGGGUUAGAACGCAGGCGGAUCUUUUUGCCUUGUGAACAAGCAAAGUCUUGAGUGGUAUAACAUAACAGAAACAUUGUGUUGAGGCUGGUGUUAUUUCGACUCGUCUGAUAAAUCGUGUCUUUCAGGGUUGCAGUGAAGCAGUGUCAUCUGCACCCGAUUAAGAACCCCGAAUCUCUAAGGGUUGCGAAUUAAGUCUCACGCGAGGGCUGCAGAUGAUUGAUUGCCAGAUAAGGACAUCGACUCCGGGUAGGAUCUAGGGCAGAUUGGCGACCACCGAUAGAUGCAUGUAGGUGGUCUUAAGGUUACUGCCGAGCCGAGGGAGUUGUUAAAGUACGUGUAUUCAGGAACGUGGAAAAAAC